AUGGAAGAAACCAUUAGACGGAAACGGAGCUCGUCGGCAAUUCCGUCAAUUCCAAGAUUAAACUUGAAAGAGAAAGGACCCGGAAGAUCCAGGUUUUAUAGCGUUUCUACAGAAGUUAGACCAGAGGAGACUGGAUUGAGACGGGAAAACUCGGCAGAAUCAAACAAUUCACAUAAUGAAGCUACCUUUGUCACACUUCCCAGUUUGUCUAAUGUGGGGUUUCAAUCUAUAUUCCAAAAUGCCGCUAUGCGUAAGAGUCAACAGAGCAUAGAUUCGUCGGAAGAAUAUGGUGCUCAGCGAGCUGACGUAAGUCCGGCAACUUCACAUCGAAGUAGUACCAUUGGUAGCCAAACACCGCGUCCUAGCAAUUCUCAUAGUUCCACGAACGGCUCGCGGAAAAGAUCAGAAUCCAAGACUAAUAGGUCUUUGCUGAGAAUCUCGAACGACAAGAUCGAAAAGACGUCACGAUUAUUCCAUAAUAACAACAACAAGAGCAAUGUAAGUCUGUCGCCGUCUGCCUUGAAUAUUGGCCCCUCGUCCCAGAAGAGCCCGCUAACGCGGGCGGCGAGAAAAUUGUUCCAUAGAAGAAGUUCCUCUGCGACUUCGAAAAGCGAUUCUUCCAGAACCUCACCCAACGUCAGUUCUUCAGCGUUUGGCAGAUUUCUUCAAGGUCAAUACAGCAAACAUGUGAACAGGAACUCAAUGAAUUAUAUCCACUCAGGACCAAAUUUGGCGGAUUCAACUAAGACUGGCUACGCUCUCAAUGGAGCACAUAUGGGAAAUGUCCCACUUCAAUUGAUCGAAGAUGUAAGAUUUGACGCCACGGAUGUACAUAUGCUACAUGACUUGAUCAAGAAUGUGAAAUCUCUGGAAUCCAAUUACAAGGCUUUUACCACCGCGGAACUUGAGGCUUUAAUGGCGAAUAUAUGGGGGAUUCUUGGGAAUGUGGUUUUAUCACUGUUCAAAAACAAAGAAUUAUGGGAUUUACCAGCUAAAGUUGAGGAUAUCAAUCGGGUUUUUGAAUUUUAUAUCAAACUGAAGACUGAAUCCAAGGCAGCUUCAUCUAGCAUCAAGUUUCUUGCUGAAAUAGUUGAGUUUCUGGCCACUUCUCUUUACAUUCUCGAAAAUGACAUCGUUUUCAAUUAUAAGAAUGAAAGCACAAUCAACACGGCUUUGAAAAGACUUUGCGUUAUAUGGGAAGUGUUUUAUCACAAUAUAUGUCGCAACGUCAUUGCGCUUUUAUUACCCCUAGACGUCAGUUUCCAAACGCAUUCAAAAUUUUGGGCAGAUGCACAAUCGGUGCCUCUAAGCGAUUUAGGUACCAAAAGUCAAGGUGGGAAUCUUUCUCUGGAUUUGCUCUUGCUCAGAAGCUUCAGAGAUUCGAUUGUGUUACCAUACUAUCACAGUUUUGUUGAUAAUCAGGUCGGGACCAGCAAAAACUUCCAAAUGUAUAUUAUGAAUGAAGAAGAGGAAAAAGGUGUUACUCAGCAGGAUAAGCUCGUUCUGUUGCAAUGUUUCGGUUUAUUGUCUUCGAUCCAAACGAAAAACAAGGACCAGACGAUUAUAGACGAUCUUCUUGCUGGUAUCAGGAUGAGCAUAUGA